CAAAAUAGUGAACAUGUGAUGGAAGAUUUAAUUUUCGUAUCUCUUUAAAUUGUUAAUCUUUUUAAUUAUUGUUACCAUUUAAAUUACAUUUCUUUUUAAAUUCUAUUUUAGAUAAGUUUGUUGAGAAGAAUCUAAAUUGUUGGAAAUUCUAUGGAUCCAAAGGUAUCAAAGGUUUUGGGUGAUGUGAAGUGUUGUGAAAAUGAAAAUGAUUCCUCAACGAAAGUGAUUGAUGAAAGUCCUUUAAUUGCUCGUUCAUCUGUUUUCCAAAAAACUCAAUUAAAAGAUGAUCAAGAUGAUGAUCUUCUUUCUCUUGAGGUGCAUGGGUAUGAUUUUAACAAGGGAAUUAAUCCCGCGGAACUUUUUAAUUCAUUCAAAACCACUGGAUUCCAAGCCACCAAUGUAUCCACAGCCAUUGAAAUAAUCAAUGAAAUGCUUAAAGCAAGGAAAGAAGAAUUUUCUCCCGAUGAUUUGGAGAGCGAUUGUUUCAUUCGGAAACAAAGUGGAUGUUCAAUUUUCCUUGGUUAUACAUCUAAUAUUGUCUCUUGUGGUCUUCGAGAUGUCAUUAGAUUUAUUGUUCAACAUAAAAUGGUAGAUUGUAUUGUGACCACUGCUGGUGGAAUAGAAGAAGAUUUAAUCAAAUGUUUAGCUCCUACAUUCGUUGGUGACUUUAACCUGAAAGGAAAUUAUCUCAGAGAAAAAGGUAUCAAUAGGAUUGGAAAUUUAUUAAUACCCAAUGAGAAUUAUUGUAAAUUUGAAGAUUGGGUUAUCCCAAUUUUGGAUGAAAUGUUGUCAGAGCAAAAAUCAGAUGAGCAAAAGAUUUGGACUCCAUCAAAAAUGAUCACCCGAUUAGGUGAAAAGAUUAACAAUGACCAAUCGAUAUGCUAUUGGUCAGCUCGUAAUAAGAUUCCAAUUUUUUGCCCUGGACUAACUGAUGGGUCACUUGGUGAUAUGAUUUAUUUUCACUCUUUCCGAAAUCCUGGACUAAUUGUUGACAUUGCUUCUGAUAUAAGGCGGAUCAAUACGAUUGCAGUUAAAGCCCAAAAAUCGGGCAUGUUAAUCAUCGGCGGAGGAAUAAUUAAACAUCACAUUUGUAACGCUAAUUUAAUGAGAAAUGGAGCCGAUUAUUCAGUUUUCAUCAACACAGCAAAUGAAUUUGAUGGAUCCGAUUCUGGAGCUCGACCAGAUGAAGCUGUUUCUUGGGGUAAAAUUAAAUCAAACGCUAAAUGUGUAAAAGUUAAUUGUGAUGCUUCAAUUGUGCUUCCUUUAAUUGUUAACGAAACAUUUGCAAAAAAUAUUCACUCAACAGGAUAAACAAACAAUAGAAUCACAUUGAGUUUCAAAUAAUCAUUUUCUUCAUUCUCUUCUUCCGAAACUCCCUUAAACUAACCUCUCAAAUGUUAAUUACAGAAAAAAAUUAAUUUAAUCAUAACAAUUACGAAUAAAAAAAAACUAUUUUGAGAACGAAA